AUUCCACUCGCUAGGAUGUCCCGUGGGGAUAUCAAGAUCUGGGUGACCGGGUGACUCAAGUUGACCUUGUGAGAUUCAUGAUAAUUUGAUACAAAACCGAACAACUAAAACUACUUACUUAACCACUGUAGACAGGCUCAAGCACACUUGUCCCUCGGAACUCCUUACACAAUGGGAUCGAAUGUUCUCCUGAUUAUCCAUUACUAUAUAUCGAAUCAUUAAGUUCUUGGUGGCCUAGUGCUCAUACACCAUGGAGACUUCAAUGCUUUCAGGUCUCUCAGUCGUUCAGCCAGUACCUACAAAUCCGGCAAAGGAAGAUAUGUCUCGUCCAUUAACAGCCCCGCCAAUGACUACCUCGAGAACCCAUAUCGGUUCAGCCGAGAGAGAAUCUUUUGACCUCGAGAUUCUACCUGUCCGAGAUGAUCCAAAACCAGACAAUGCAUCUUCCGACCAUGUCGACGACUUAGAAAUGAGUCAACCUGAUCGUCCAGAUUCGAAUACUGAGACUGUCGAAGUUGCACCAACUAUCUGGGACCCCUUCAUGAACCGCUUCAGACUUAUCUCGACCUGUCUAUCCCAAAUAAAUAAUGCUCUUAGCGAUGGUGCUACUGGUGCUUUGAUCCCCUACAUGGAGAAGUACUAUGGCAUUGGCUAUGCCACUGUAUCCCUCAUAUUCGUCGGUAAAGCCAUUGGAUUCAUUGCAGCGGCCGUGUUCAUCGAUAUCCUUAAAGAAAAACUUGGUCGAGCCAAACUUCUUGGUUUGGGCCAGGCUCUCGUCACUCUGGCAUAUAUCCCCAUCAUCUGCGGCGCCCCUUUCAUCGUUGUCGUUCUAUCAUUCUUCUUUAUCGGCUUCAGCAUCUCGAUAAAUGUGGCCAUCGGAAACCUCUUCUGUGGUGGUCUCCAGAACGGAACGUUCAUGCUGGGUGUACAGCACGGGACUUACGGAAUAGGGGCGACAAUCGGCCCUCUCGUUGCGACCGCGCUCGUAACAGCUGCAAACACCGUGUGGAAUAAAUACUAUAUCAUAACCUGUGUGCUCGGAGCUUUAACCGUCGCAUUAGGAAUGUGGUCGUUUUGGAGAUACGAACAGGAGUUGAGUCCUGCGGCGCGCCAGAGAGAGACGGCUCAAGUUGGAGACUCUAUGUCGAACAGCAUCUUUCUUGCUAUGAAUUUGCGCAUCGUAUUCCUUGGUUCACUCUUCAUCUUUGCCUACCAGGGAGCCGAGGUUUCUAUCUCUGGCUGGGUCAUUUCUUUUCUCAUCAACGACCGCGAUGGUGAUCCUUCUUCAGUUGGUUAUGCAACAGCAGGUUUCUGGGCCGGUAUCACCAUCGGUAGAUUCCUCCUGUCUGCCCCUGCGCAGCGAAUCGGCGAGAAAACGCUUGUGUAUGGCCUCAUCAUAGGAGCCGUUGCUUUUCAGCUUCUCGUCUGGCUCAUUCCUAACAUCGUGGGCAACACUAUCGCCGUAUCUGUUGUCGGUCUUCUCCUUGGUCCUAUCUACCCAUGUGCCUCGGCUGUUUUCCUUCGAGGCAUGACUAGGCGGGAGGCUUUGACUGGUAUUGGCAUGAUUAAUGCUUGUGAUAGCGCAGGCGGAGCUAUUGCGCCCUUCGUUACGGGUCUUCUGGCCCAGGCGUUUGGCACCUUUGUCCUUCAUCCGAUUGUUAUUUUCUUGUUUGUUGUCAUGUUGUUGUGCUGGUACUUUCUUCCAGCUGAGGAAAAGAGGACGGAGUGACAAGGCGGUAUCAAAAGAGGGAAUAGGAAAUUGGAGAAUGCAUGAACAAGCGAAGUGACAUCAAGGUCGAAAUUAUAUAGGGAAUCGAUUCGAUCCAGGCUGACCAAGUCUAUUCACGAAUCUAUAAUGAAUCUAUGUGAUCUCCGUAGAUGGCUCGCA